GCCCGCCUGCCCUGCCCGGAGCUCCGAGGGGAGCCGCCGGCCCGUCGCCCUUGCCUUCCCUCUCUUGCCGAGUUUAGCGGCGCCCUUGGAGGACUUCGCCCCGUGUCCCCCCCCCUCCGGGGGCGGCGGCGUGGUAUGCGCGGACAGCGGCGAGAUGGCCUCGGCCGUGUUUGAAGGGACCUCGCUGGUGAACAUGUACGUGCGGGGCUGCUGGGUGAACGGCAUCCGGAGGCUCAUCAUCAGCCGGCGCGGCGACGAGGAGGAAUUCUUCGAGAUCCGCACCGAGUGGUCGGACCGGAACGUCCUCUACUUGCACCGCAGCUACUCGGACCUGGGCCGCCUCUUCAAGCGCCUGCUCGACUCCUUCCCGGAGGAUCGCGCCGAGCUGUCCCAGUCCCCGUUGCUCCAAGGACUUAUCACAAUUAAAGAGUCCCAAGACAUAGAAGCCAGGCUAAAUGAAGUUGAGAAGCUUCUCAAGAAUAUUAUAAAUAUGCCUUGCAAGUAUUCGAGAUCCGAAGUUGUCCUCACUUUCUUUGAAAGAUCUCCGUUAGAUCAGGUGCUAAAAAAUGACAAUGUCCAUAAAAUUCAACCAAGUUUUCAAAGUCCAGUUAAAAUAUCAGAAAUCAUGCGAUCUAAUGGAUUUUGUUUAGCCAACACUGAAACCAUAGUUAUUGACCACAGUAUACCAAAUGGUAAAGAAAAGCAUUUGGAUGUUGAUGCAGCAGAACAUUUGUUUGAGAAUGUUAGCGAAUUUACCUCAGAGCUUGAGGACAGCGAGGACCCAACAGCGUAUGUCACCAACUUGUCCUACUACCACCUGGUUCCAUUCGAAACGGAUAUUUUGGACUGAGAGGGUUAAGGAGACUUCAUUGAUUGAUAUUGAGUGGAUAUCUUUAUCUGUGCCAUUUACUGGUCCCCUAACUUUGCAUUUGUCAUACAACUGCGCGAUGCGAGAGAGAAAAGGGCAGAAUGCAAAUAUGUAUGUCUUGAAACUGGCAUUGUUGCUUGGUUCUUUACUGUGGCUCCUGAAGGCGCCUUGCAAGGAUGUGGUUCUCUUAUGAGCAAAGGGAUUUCCAUUUUGCUAAAAAGGAACGCAACGAGGAUAUCCAUUGCUAAAAAGGCAUAAAGAAACAUAAGAAGCAGCAGCAACAAGCGUUGGUGAUGCACAAAUCAUGGGCCCCAGUGGUUACGGAGGUACAGUGAAACUUGGAACAGCCGUCCACAGUUCUUCUCUCUCAAGCUCUCUCUGAUGCAUGAGGAUAUUUCUAAACCUUUUUCAUUCAAAGGCCUCCUCUGUUUGGACACCACUUGCUUUCUUCUUCUUUCCUCAGAGUGACAGUUCAAUAACAAGUGUCAUGUUAAUUUGUGCAUUGAAAGAUACCAGAGUAACUGAUGCCUUAUGUCAUAUGUGCCUAUAGGAAGCAAGCACAUAAAUCAGUUGUUAAAUUAACUUAUUAUAAGCCUGAAGUUUUGUUUAACCAUAUGAGGGCUUUUGUUUCUCACUUGUAAUAAUAGUAACAAUAAUAAUCAUGAUAACAACAGAGGAAUUAAGCAGGUUACAUUCUAAGAUGAUGAAUACAGGAAGAAAAAAUUUAAUUACUCUCUCUGAAUUUUUGAGAGUUCUGCUAGAAACAUUGUUAUGACUGCCCUUUCCCUAAAGUAAGAACUGUUUACUAUUUUCAGUAUUACAAUGUUUACACCAAAGGGGUACAUAUCUUCACAUCUGUUUGCUCUGAGGUGCUGGGAUGUGUCACUUUUACUACAAGGAACCUGCUAGAAAUGGUCUUCCUAUCGUGAAUGGCCUUCAUCUGUGCUCUUACUGUAAUGUAUAGAGGGAGUACAGAGUGGGAAUCACAGGACAGAGCCACAGUGCAUGAUGGUACUGCAAACCCAUGUGAAAGAAAUUUUGUGUAUUACAAAUGGCAGAAUUUUUGUGCCAGAGGAAGCUGUUUCCAGUGGCAAACCAGUGGCAAUUGCAGCACAUACUCCAGUCCCAAGAUAAAACUGAUCUUGUGUAAGUUUUAUAGUAGUGUGACAUCAACAUUAGCAGAAACAGCCUGAGACAUUUGCUACCUGAGGUUGAGCAGCUGACAGUGCUCCUUCACCCUGAUUAAGACACAUAAGCCAAAUUAUUUUGGCAGAACUAUCUCUCUUCAUCCCUGGUGAUAAAAUGGCAAGUGAAAUAGCUAACAAUUUGCCACUCUUUCAUGAGAUCUUUGUUGCUUGCGGUAACCACUCUGCCUAGUGGUAGGGCUGGUCCUAAACAGCAGGCAUAGGCUAUGUGGAGAGCAUGCCCAUUGACUAAAUUGGGAAUGUGGUAGAUAGCAAUCAAUAAUCAAUUAUCCACACUAUCCAUUCACUCAGAAAUAAACUUCAAACAUGGCCCAUGGGGACAGUAUAAAGCUCUGACAUAUGCCAUCAUGUUCUUUAAACUUCUUCCCUGAAAUAAGCUACUUCCCUAGCCCACCUUAGCACAAAUCUCCUACCUCCUCUGCUUGCGUUUUGGGCUGGACUGAAAACAAGGCUGGCUCAAACCUGAGGCAGAUUAAGAAAUGGUCCUGACCUCCCACCAAGACAGUGUGCAUAGAACCUGGGAGUUGUCUUGACUUUCUUGGUUUCAUUUACCAAAUGAUACAUUUUGUUAACCAAAUGCCCAGCAUUCCCCCACCGCAACGUAUUUUAUUCACAUUUACUAAUGAAUAAACGGUGGUCUCUCUGAGGUUGCUGCAAAGGGACAGCAAUCACCAAAUCCAGUGUCUGUUGCCCAAAUGGAAAACUGGUUACAGACUCCCCACCCCCCCAAAAAAGGAAGUGUGACCCUUCCUAAGUCAAUGUUAGGCAAAUUAUUUCAAUAUAUUAGGCAGAAAAUCUCAUAACCUUGUGUUUUCAUUUUUUAUGGUGUAAAUGCAAGAACAACAUGUCUAUCUUUAACACUCUACUGUCUUUUCGUGACACCCAAAAUUUGCUGCCUGAGAAACCAACUCCCUCUGCCUAAGGGUAGGACUGGUCCUGACUGAAAAGCUCCACAUAUUUCUUUAAUUCAGGCAUAGCCAAAGUGUGGUCUUCCAGAUGUGGCUGAAAAGUAACUCCCUGCAUUCUUCACCACUGGGUCAGUAGCUAGGGCUGAUGGGAGUUGCGGUCCAAUAUCAUCUGGAGGGCCCCUUUUUUGCCCAACUGGCACUAAUAGCUGGCACAGCAGGAGGAGAUAUGCAUGACAUAGCUUCUUCUACACCACAGUGACAAGGAAGAGCUGCAUUGAGAGACUGUGAUGAAAGGCACAAGAAGAGUUUUAAAGGCCAUAAUCCCUGUACCUUUCACUUAGCCACUGGCCAAGUGCACAGGAUGUGUAGGUUUUGCACUCUGCAAAAGGAGGCAGAUAGGGACAAGAUCCCACAGCCUGAAGUACAGAGUGGAAUGUGGAUGGAGAAGGAGAACUAGUUCUGGUAACGUGGAAGAGUGACAUGUGAACUCUGUGGAAGACGAGGCAUGCACUUGGGCAGCAGCAGAAGGCCUUGAGCCUUUGAACUGCUUGAGUGGUUGGUUUGGGCUCACAGAACAACAAAAAGCACCUGUUUUCACCCUUUAAUCAUCAGUCACUGUACUUGAUGACUGAACUCUAUUACAAGCACACUGAUACCAUACAGACCUCAGAUGGUUUAAGGGUUAUUUCCUCUCCUCAGGGAACCUUAUGAACAGCGUUUAAUAUCUCCUACAGUGAGUUUUCCAUGUUGACCCUAGACUACAGUUCCCAAGGGAGGAGGAAUGUCACUUAAACUGGAAUAAAAACGAUGGAGGUUUGUAAGAUAAUACCUGCCUUAAAUAGUAUAGUUGUUGGAAUUUAUGUAUAGGAAUUUACAUUCCAAGUUAUUUGUUCUGGUUUGUUUUUGUUUCUCCCCUCACUCUGGAGAAUAUGGUACAUCUCCUUUCUCCCGGGAAAGUCCUCAGUAUUCCUUUGUACAGCUAAUUGUAAAACAAAAUUUGCUAAUGUAAAUAGUAAUAAAUUAUUGAGAACCUUAACUCUUUGACGGGAUAUGUUUCCAAUAUAUUUUAAUGAAAUAAAAUAUUACUCUCACCUUAAA